AUGUCCGCAACGACCACGGUGACACAGGUGGAGCCCAUCACCGCCGAGAGUAUCCUGCGGCUUUUCCCUGAUAUUGAUACCAGUUCUGCGGAGCUGGAUGGCCAUGAUGCAGAGCAGAUCCGUUUGAUGGAUGAGGUCUGCAUCGUCCUGGACGAGAACGACAAGCCCAUUGGUAACUUCAGCAAGAAGAUAUGUAAGGAUCCUGACCCCUCUCCUCCUGGAGCCACGGUGAGAGAAGCAGGCAGGAGUAAGAGCUGACUUGGGCGCCUCAAAGGUCACCUCAUGACGAAUAUUGACAAGGGCCUCCUCCAUCGCGCAUUCUCCGUCUUCCUCUUCAACGAGAAGAACGAACUACUUCUCCAGCAGCGCGCGACCGAGAAAAUUACCUUCCCAGACAUGUGGACGAACACUUGCUGCUCGCAUCCAUUAGGAGUCCCAGGCGAAGGAGGCGUGGAGUUGGAAGAAGCGGUGGCAGGUGUGAAGAACGCUGCGGUUCGAAAACUCGACCACGAGCUCGGCAUUAAAGCUGCCCAAGUGCCAAUCGAGAACUUCAAGUUUCUGACAAGAAUCCAUUAUAAGGCGCCGAGUGACGGAAAGUGGGGUGAACAUGAGAGUGCGUAUCCCGGAGCCUUCAGUCUACGCGUCCCCAAACCUGACAUCUCUACAGUUGACUACAUCUUAUUCAUCAAAGCCAAAGUUGACUUGGAACCAAACCUCAACGAGGUUCGAGAUACCUGUUAUGUUACCGCCGACGGUCUCAAGAAGAUGUUCAACGAUCCUACUCUAAAGUUUACUCCUUGGUUCAAACUCAUUUGCAACUCGUUGCUCUUCGAAUGGUGGGAGCAUCUGGACGAGGGCCUCGAGAAGUACAUGAACGAGCGCGAUAUCCGCAGAAUGUGA